AAAAAUUCUUAUUUUUAUUUGGUCCUUUACUAACUAUUUUAUUCAGUCCCAUAAUCAAUUUUUAAAUUAAACAAAAUACAACAAAAAUUAUCCAGUUCAAUUCUCAAUAUUUUAGCCGAUGAAAAGCACAUGCUCAAAUACGGAUCAAGAUUUACUACAGUAGCAUAUCACACAGUUUUCACACUGUUUUCAAUCUGGACUAUUCAUUAUCAAUCAGACCGUAUAUAUUGAUUCUGUGACAAAAUCUCUAAAAAUGAUCACAACUAUAUAUUAGAGAUCGGACGGUCUUGAUGCGAUAUAGCGUGAAAACUGUGUCAAAAUGCACAGCAGGAAACCUGUUUCCUCAACUAUUAUCACACUUGUAUAAUCAUUGCACACAAAAGGGAGAAAAAGAAUAGUGGACAUGAAAGCAAAGCAAUGGUCCCAACAACAAAGCUGUGGUUUGUUGUACACUACAUCAUGAUUGUACUUCCACUCAAAAAAAUAAAUCCUAAUCGUACUUUUUCAUUAAAUUUCCACUUCAAUUCUCAUUCUUUAUAGAAGCUUCCUCAAUUCAACACCACACUUCACUUCCACUGACUCACCCUUCCCUAAAAUGGAGGACACCAUCCCUCUCUUUCUAACAUGCUUCAUCACACUCUUCACAAUAUUCCCAACCCCAACACGUGCCACUCUCCCAGGCACGUGGGAGCUUCUAAUCCCAAAUGCAGGCAUAGCUUCAAUGCACACAGCAGUAACACGCUUCAACAACGUAAUCCUUUUAGACCGAACCAACACCGGUCCAUCACGUAAACUCCUCCCAAAAAACCACUGCCGGUUCGACCGAAACGACGCCGUUUUAAAAAAAGAUUGUUACGCUCACUCAAUUCUCUUCGACCCCAAAAAAAACCAACUCCGUCCCUUAAAAAUCCUCACUGACACGUGGUGUUCUUCCGGUGCGUUUCUCCCUAACGGAACACUUUUACAAACCGGCGGUGAUAUAGACGGGUUCAAAAAGAUCCGAAAAUUUGACCCGUGUAAUUCAAACGGGUCAUGCGAUUGGGAAGAGUUAAACGACGUCGAAUUAAGCGAAGGUCGUUGGUAUGCAACGAAUCAAAUUCUUCCAGAUGGUUCUAUUAUUAUCAUCGGUGGAAGAGGUUCAAAUUCUGUUGAAUUUUAUCCUAAACGUAAAAACGGUGCCGUUUCGUUUCCUUUUCUUUCUGAAACUGAAGAUACUCAAAUGGAUAAUCUAUACCCUUACGUUCAUCUUCUUCCUAACGGUAAACUCUUCGUGUUCGCGAAUACGAAAUCGGUUAUGUACGAUUUUGUUGAAAAUCGUGUCGUGAAGGUUUAUCCGGAGUUGAUCGGUGGUCCGAGAAACUAUCCGUCGGCGGGGAGUUCUGUUAUGUUGGCUUUGGAAGGUGAAUUUUCUGAGGCGGUGGUUGUUGUUUGUGGCGGUGCUCAAUACGGUGCGUUUCUUGAACGGAAUGUGGAUACGCCGGCGCAUGGGAGUUGUGGUCGGAUAAUGGCGACGGGAUCCGACCCGGUUUGGGAAAUGGAGGACAUGCCGUUUCAGAGAAUUAUGGGUGAUAUGGUAAUUUUACCAAACGGUGAUGUUUUGAUCAUAAAUGGUGCUAUGAAAGGAACACAAGGUUUUGAAUUGGGUUCAGAUCCGUGUUUGAAUCCGGUUUUAUAUCGACCCGAUGAACCAGCCGGGUUACGGUUCAUGGUUUUGAAUCCGGGUACUGUACCGAGACUUUACCAUUCAACGGCGAAUUUGUUACCGGACGGAAGAGUUUUACUAGCGGGAAGUAAUCCACACGUGUUUUAUCGAUUCGAUGUUGAGUUUCCGACGGAGUUAAGAAUUGAAGCGUUUUCGCCCGAGUAUUUGGAUCCGGAUAAGAUGAAUAUCCGACCCGAGAUUUUGGAAGUGCCUGAACAGGUGUCGUAUGGUGUGGGUUUUGAUGUUGUUGUGAUUGUUGAGUUACCUGUUGUGGGAAUUAUUGAAGUGAAUUUGGGCAGUGCUCCUUUUGCUACUCAUUCUUUUUCUCAAGGUCAACGGUUGGUCAAACUUGGGGUUGGUUCGGCUGUGCCGGAGAAUGGUGGGAGAUGGAGGAUUAGAUGUACAGCGCCGCCGAGUGGGAUGGUUGCGCCGCCUGGAUUUUAUAUGGUUUUUGCGGUUAAUCAAGGUGUUCCAAGUGUAGCACGUUGGAUACAUGUGUCAUAGUUGUUUUGGAGGAAUGAGCUCUGAUAAUUUAGAGUUUAAUCAUAAAAUAAGCAAAGUUUAAUCAUAAAUAUUUUUACUAAGAAUCAAACUUAAUUUAUUUUAAAUAUGUGUGUCAUAGAUCGGGACAAUACAAUGUGUUUUCUUAUUUAAGAAAAAAUGAAAUUUGUAAUUGUAUUUAGUUUUU